GGUAACUAAAUGACCAUGGAAUCUGGAGCAGAGAACCAGCAGAGUGGAGAUGCAGCCGUUACAGAGGCAGAAACUCAACAGAUGACAGUACAGGCACAACCACAGAUUGCAACGUUAGCCCAGGUAUCUAUGCCAGCAGCUCACGCGACAUCUUCUGCGCCCACGGUGACCUUAGUUCAGCUGCCCAAUGGGCAGACGGUUCAAGUGCAUGGCGUAAUUCAGGCUGCCCAGCCAUCAGUUAUUCAGUCUCCACAGGUCCAGACAGUUCAGAUCUCCACUAUAGCAGAAAGUGAAGAUUCACAGGAAUCAGUAGACAGUGUCACAGACUCACAGAAACGAAGAGAAAUUCUUUCCAGACGACCCUCCUACAGAAAAAUUUUGAAUGACUUGUCCUCAGACGCCCCAGGAGUGCCAAGGAUCGAAGAAGAAAAGUCUGAAGAGGAAACAGCAGCACCUGCCAUCGCCACUGUUACGGUGCCAACUCCCAUUUACCAAACCAGCAGUGGGCAGUACAUUGCUAUUACCCAAGGAGGAGCAAUACAGUUGUCUAACAAUGGCACAGAUGGAGUACAAGGUCUCCAGACGUUGACUAUGACCAAUGCAGCUGCAACCCAACCUGGCACCACCAUUUUACAAUAUGCACAGACCACAGAUGGACAACAGAUACUUGUACCCAGCAACCAAGUUGUUGUACAAGCUGCCUCAGGAGAUGUGCAGACCUACCAGAUUCGCACCGCCCCUACCAGCACCAUUGCACCAGGCGUAGUCAUGGCAUCCUCUCCAGCACUUCCAACCCAGCCAGCAGAAGAGGCCGCACGGAAGAGAGAAGUGCGUCUAAUGAAGAACAGAGAGGCAGCACGUGAAUGUCGCAGGAAGAAAAAGGAGUAUGUGAAAUGUCUAGAAAAUCGCGUGGCUGUGCUUGAAAACCAAAACAAGACAUUGAUCGAGGAAUUGAAAGCACUUAAGGACCUUUACUGCCACAAAUCAGAUUAAUUUUGGAUUCCCAUUUUCACUUGUCUAGGUGGGAUAGAGACUGGUUCUGGCUAUACCCAGAGAGACAAAGUACUUUUUAUUUUCUAAACAUUUCUUUUUUUCUAUGCGCAAAACUGCCUGAAGCAACUACAGAAUAUACUUCAUCUGUGCUUUGCAUCAAACUGUGAAUGUUCAAGUACUUGCCUCCACUUCUCCCCCUACAAGAUUAUUUUCAUCAUCAAUCUCAGCGUGAAGAAGAACAGGCUUCUUUCUCGUCUCCCCAUCCUCUUCAAGGAGUAACAUUGGGCACUUGGGAAGUUACUGUGGAGAGGGUCCUUCUGUAAUGAUUUCAAGAAUUUGUGCUGAGCUCUUUUCCAUUGCCUUAGAGACAGAACCACCCCAGCCUCUUGGUCCAGAGAACUAUGGGCCAUGUACAUGGAGCAUGCAUGGUGCAAUGAAGAAGCAAUGGUUGCCAAAUUGGUUUCGCGUACUCAUUAUGAACUGUAAAAGUACACAGCUAAGCGGCAUGCCAAAUGAAAGGCGCUUUACAGGCACGCUUUUGGUGUGGAGAUCACAUAACCUUUUGCAAACUAGCCCAGGAGGGGUUUUGAUUUGUAAUCUGUAUUAAGCCCUCCUGGACUAGUAAAAACUUUUCCAUACCCCCAAAACAAAUGCAUUGAAAUGAGCUUCACUGGUCAGUUGUUGCUUCUCAAAGCUUCUGUGUGCAAAUGUGUUCAGCAUUCUGAAUGCACAAAAACCAAACACCAACUUUAUAGGGUAUUGGUUGGGAAAUAAUAUUUGGAUGGUAAAGGAAUUUAGAAUAAAAAAGGUUACAAUAGUGACAUUUUUAAAACAGUCACAUAGUAAGCAAGGGUAACACGUGAAAGAACUACCUGUUUAUAUGCAGAACCACUAAGCGGUUGAAGCAUGGCCAACUCCACAUACAUACUCCCUGAUAACAGUAUAGUCUGUGUCCCAAGUCCCCUCAGGAAAUUAGGUUCUUUCUGUUUCCCUACCACUGUCUUAUAUAAUGGAAAUAUUGUACUCAAUGGAAACAUCAGCCUGGUUUGCUAGAUUCUUUUUCAAACUUUAAGGCUGCCUUUCAUACAUAAAUUAAAUUGCAGUAUGACUGCAACUACCAAGACAACCUCAAAUAUUGAGGAGGACUUCAAACACAAAUAUUCCAACUUCUGUUUCACAAGGGACAAUAUUAAUUAUUUGAACCUGACCAGGAUAGCUAAAUUCUUAAUUUAUUCAGAGGAUUUUUUCUUGUAAAGGAUCAGAUUUACCGAGUAAUUUAUUCCUGUAAGUAAAAUUACUCAUGUGCCUCAGAUGUUUGCAAGAUCACUGUUUUUGUGUGCAGUGAGGAAAUGUGAUCAUUCCCAGAUUUACAUUGUUAAAAAGGUAGUUCAUGUUUAAAAACAACUCUGUACUAAGCAUUAGGACUU